AUGCAACUUACAAAUUUUUUGAGUGCUGCUUUAGUCGCCGCAUCAGUAUCUGCAAAGACUAUUCUUCUUACCAAUGAUGAUUCCUGGGCUUCCACUAACAUUAGAGCCACCUACAGAGAUUUAACUGCUGCUGGACAUGAGGUUGUUUUGGUUGCACCAGUUUCACAAAGAUCCGGAUGGGGUGGUAAGUUCGAUGUUCCAUAUUCACCAACUUUACAAACUGAUGGAGAAUUUGGUUAUGUUAAGCAAGGUGCUCCAAGUUGGGGUCAUGAAGAAGACAACCAAAAUAUUUGGUACUUCAAUGGUACUCCAGCUUCAUCUGUUGCCUUCGCAUUAAAAUACGUUAUGCCUAAAUAUUUCGACAACAAGACUUUUGACCUUGUUGUUGCUGGUCCAAAUGAAGGUCUUAACUUAUCACCAGGUUCGUUAACUGGUUCCGGUACUGAUGGUGCCACUUACAAUUCUGCUUACAGAAACCUCCCAGCCAUUGCCUUCUCUGGUUCGAAUGGUAACAACUCCUUCUUCAAGGACUCUCUUGACGAAGAUCCAUUAAACCCAUCAAACAUCUAUUCAAAGAAGGUUGUUGAGUUUGUCAAUGGAUUAUUCGAAAAGCAAGGUGACAACGAAAGAGCUUUACCAUUAACUACGUUCUUAAACGUCAACUUCCCAUUGGUCGGUUACCAAUCUACAGAUGAGUCUUGUGUCGACCCAGAAUACGUCUUAUCUAGAUUAACUGGACUUGAGGCUACCACAUUCGACUUAGUUUGGAACGAAACUACCAACAUGCCAGUUUUCCAGGCCCAAACUUACACUGCUUUAACUGCUUGUAACAACGGUGACUGCUCAUUGGCAGGAGAAACCUAUGUCAUCAACCACGACACUUGUAAGACUCCAGUUUCUGUUGCUUCAAUUGACUACGAUGCUAACCUUCAACUUACCGAAGAAGUAAGAGUCUUGUUGGGACUUUAG